AUGAUAUUCUGUUCUUUGGCAGCGUCAUGUUGUGGUUUCUGGUGUUUUUGUGAUGGGAAAAUUUUUGAAAGGCUGGAACCGCAUUGGAUUGGCGUGGACUUGGGAAAUUUGUUCACGAUUAUCAAUGUGGUCUUACAUCCCGGAAAAGUUUCCUUAAAGGGAAGUCUAAUACAGAACGAUCUGAACUUCUUCAUAGUGGGGGUGAGCAACAGGUCCCUGGAUGGUCACCCGCCAGUGAGAGGCGCCUACGAUAUGAGGUUUGAUGGAUUCCAAUUCAAUCAGUAUGGGAAUGAUAUUGAGCCGACAAACCUGGCUCUGGGUGCAUUCACGUUCAACAGCUCGGCCCAUGUGUUAAAUUUCACAGUAACUUUCACGUCCUACUUCGCGGUAGACGGCAGAAAGGGUUGGUACUGUUCCAUGACGCGGUGCGAUGCCAUGGACCACUGGAUUGCCGUAGAUCUGGGAAACAUUUUUUCCAUAUUAUAUACAAUUGUGUACGCCUCUGACUCAAAUCCCAAUGAUUUACAAAUACGGAACAAUGUCAGCUACUUCAUAGUGGGGGUGAGCAACAGAUCCCUGGAUGUUCACUCGCCAGUGAGAGGCACCUACGAUCUCUGCGCUCAAUAUCCAGGUGUGGUUGCUCCGAAGCAGGUGGUUCAGUUAAAUUGUUCCUCUACUACACCUCCAGCCAGAUACGUCAUAUUGCAACAACCUUCCAACUCUAGUGGCGUUAUAUCCAUCUGUGAAUGGGAAAUCUACGGAGUCCCGUUUGGAAAGUUUCCUGUCAACCUGCUGUUGAACAAAACAGUCAACAUCAGUUCCAUCUACAACGAUUUUGUCUGCGGAGUGUUGAAGGCAGCGCUGAUAGUGGACGGAUUUCACGACACCUCCCUCUACAACUGCCACUGCGGACACAACAACGAUGGUUCCGGAGGUCCGAACUGGUACAUGGUUGAUAUGGAAGCUAGUUAUUUUGUUGAUCGGAUCGUAUUAACGGCAAGAGGAGAUUCGCCAAACAUCACUCGAAUUGCCCGUCGCCUGGACAACUUCAUAAUCGGACUGACCGAUGUAGACAGCUCAACCUCACCUCCGCAGAGGAACAACUAUCCAAUGUGUGCCACCUGGCCCGGUUCCGUUAAGAUAGGCAGCAGAGUUGAACUGAAAUGCAAUGCCAAUCUGCCAAAAUAUAGGUACCUGAUCGCACAGGCCAGUGCAAACACUCCAGAUGGGUUUUUUGCGAUCUGCGAGCUUGAAGCUUACGAACCUUUAGACGAAAAUUCAUUCAGAUGGAAAAGAAAGUCAAACGUGAGAUUGGCUGGAUUCCAAUUCAAGCAGUUGAACGUGAGGAGUGCACUGGAAUGCAUGCAUAAGUGCAAGCAACUGGGAGGAUGUGACUCCAUCAACUUCCAUCCAGCUUCUAAAUUGUGUCAGUUCAAUUCUCAUGUUAAUGGCUACUACACCACCACACUUACGAGCGACACUAAUUGGUCGUUUUAUACGGUCAAUUAUAGUUAA